AUGCGGCGGCGGCGUCUGGCUGAGGGCCUUGCGGGGGCACGGGGUAGCAGCCUAGCAGGGCCUACCGUAGUGCUGGGCCCUGGCCCGUAUCCUGAAUGGGCCAAUACAUAUGAUGGGCUUCAUAUGUAUCGGCCCGGCGAGCGUGCAGGUUGGAGAAGACGCGAGGAUCCCGGCGGCCUGGAGAUGCGCGUGGCUUCGGCCGCCCGUCCAGUACUGGAAGCGGGCGUCGACUUCGGGCGGGCCUGGAGAUCCGCAGGACGCGGCUCGGACCAGCUGAUUCCGUCCAGGAGCGCCCCCGCGACGGCGUGGGUUGAAGCGGCGAACGACUUCUUCUACCUGCAGCUCCAAUUGAGCAGCCAUGAUGCCUCUGUGGACAAUUCCUUGGAUGUAGCAGAGGAAGAUGAGCCAGAUGGAGAGCUAUUUGAGGAUGAGCUACAUGAAGAUCUGUACAAGGAAGAUGAUCUAGAUGAAGAAGAGCCCGAUGAAGAGCUAUACGAGGCAUAUGAGAUUGAGGAAGAACUAUUAUUAGAAGAAUAA